CCUAAAACGACUGUCCUUCCCUUAAAUAUCUCUCCACCUCUCCAUCACAUUAUCACCGAUUCACGAUUUAUAUUCAAAAUUCCCCAAAAAAGAAACAAAAAACCUAUCACCAAAAAAAUAAAAUGGGGGAUUCUUCUCCAUUGCUUUCAAACCAAAGUGAUGAUCAAAAUUCCAGUCAAUACGAAUAUCGACACCCUCUCCGAAACAAAAAUCAAAUCGUAAACGAUCGAAUUGAGCAAUGUAUCGGAAACUUGGGUUGGGCACAAGUUUUUCAAUGUAUUCUUGUGUCGUUUGCUUGGGCGUUCGAUGCGCAGCAAACGUUUAUUUCGAUUUUCACCGACGCGGAGCCGGCGUGGCAUUGUACGUCGGGAACGUGUGGGUCUGAUAUUUGUAAUAUCCCUAGCGGCGCGACUUGGGCGUGGGACGCACCUAAGGAGGCUACAAUUAUAUCGGAGUAUGGCUUACAAUGCGCCAAUUCCUUUCUGACGGGGCUUCCGGCGUCGUCGUUUUUCAUCGGUUGUCUUAUUGGUGGUCUGGUGUUGGCGACGUUGGCGGACUCAUGGCUCGGCCGCAAGAAUCUGUUGAUGAUAUCAACCCUAGCGAUGUCUUUGUCAGGUAUAUUUACAGCGUUGUUCUCAAAGAAUAUAUGGAUUUACGCUUUUUUAAGAUUUGUUUCGGGAUUCGGGAGGGCGGCGAUUGGGACGUGUUCGUUGGUGUUAGCGACGGAAGUAGUGGGAAAGCAGUGGCGUGGUCAGGUUGGGGUGAUUGGAUUUGUUUGCUUCUCUUUUGGAUUUCUAUCACUACCAGGGAUUGCAUUUCUAACACAUGGAAGUUCUUGGAGAGAGCUGUACAUGUGGACGUCGGCGCCGGCCUUGAUUUACUGCGUUCUUGUGUUUGUAUUUGUACGGGAGUCCCCCCGGUGGCUCCUAAUCCGAGGGCGAAGGCAGGAGGCCAUGGAUGCUCUUAAGAAUAUAGCGACGUUACACCAGAGUCAACUCACCUUGAGCUUCUUCGGUGAAGAAGAAGCCCCUCGUGGAGAUGACACCGAUGUGUACUCCGCCAUGAGGGUACUAAUGUCAAGGGCAUGGGCCCUUCGAAGAUUAGUAACGGUUUCAGUGAUGUGUGUUGGGAUUGGAGUUGUUUAUUAUGGGAUGCCCUUAGCUCUUGGGAAUUUGCCAUUUAACCUCUACUUAAGUGUUACCCUUAACGCAUUGUCUGAGUUACCUGGUUCGUUUCUUACAUUUGUUUUGAUUAAUAGGUUAGAUAGGAGAGUUGCUGUUGUUGGGUUCACCUUGUUGAGUGGAUUUUGUAGCAUUAUGGUAGUGGUAGUAGGGAGUUUUGAGCAGUUGAUGUUACUACAAGUUGGGCUUGAGAUACUAUCAUUCCUAAGUGCUGUCUCUGGGUUGAACCUCAUGUUAAUCUUCACCAUCGAGUUGUUCCCUACUUGUGUACGCAACUCAGCUGUGUCCAUGGCUCGUCAAGCGCUCGUGUUUGGUGGAGCCUUCAGCCCACCCCUGGUGGCCGCUGGCCGGAAGAAUCCGUUCAUUGCGUAUGGGGUGUUUGGAGUUGUGAUUGCUAUCUGUGGAAUGUUCGCCAUAUUUUUGCCAGAAACCAGGGGAACUGCACUUGCUGAUACCAUGGAUGAGGAAGAGGACAAGGCUCAAAAACUAGGGAGCUUCUGGGCUACUCACUGAUGGAUCAUCUUUUUUCUUCUUGUUAAUUACUCACAUUCUUUGUUUGUUCCUAGGCUGGGGUCAAUUUCUGGGGUCAAUACGUACUAGUUGAGCUAUAAUACAUAAUACAUUAAAACUAUAAAGGUUAGCUAGGUUGAGCUAGCUAGUUGGCAAUUAGCUUAGCUAGUUGUAUCAUGUAACAUAUACUUUGGUGUAUUCCAACUUUCUAGUAUGAGAUGAUCUCGCAAUUUUGAUUACUA